AUGACACGAACGGCUGCCGAUCCUAUCCUUCUGUCACUUUUCGCCAACCGUUUUAUGGCGGUUGCGGAAUCCAUGGGACGCUCGUUACAACAAACAUCCAUUUCUACUAAUAUCAAGGAGCGCCUUGACUUUUCCUGCGCGAUUUUUGCGCCGGACGGAUCCCUUAUCGCCAAUGCACCACACUUGCCUGUGCAUCUCGGAAGCAUGAGCUUUGCCGUGCAGUACCAGGCUAAAAAUCUUCAUACACUUGGGAAGGGUUCUUUCAAGCGUGGGGAUGUUGUGCUAACCAACCAUCCAGUUGCUGGGGGAAGUCAUCUGCCGGACAUUACGUGCAUUACGCCGGUGUUUGCGCCGGACCGCGACGAGAUUAUAUUCUUUACUGCGAGUCGUGGACAUCAUGCUGAUAUUGGUGGUAUUCUUCCAGGAUCCAUGCCGCCCACAAGCAAGACACUAUUCGAAGAAGGCGCACAAAUCCGCUCCUUCAAGAUCGUGGCGGAAGGCGUGUAUGACCGCGAAGGCCUCGUGCGGCUACUCGUUGAGGAGCCAGCCCGGUACCCUGGUUGCUCAGGAACGCGCUGCUUCCACGAUGUGGAAAGCGACCUCCAGGCACAGAUCGCCGCGAAUCACAAGGGGAUCCAGCUGAUCAAUGACCUCGUGGAAGAAUGGGGUUUGGCAACGGUUCAAGAAUACAUGAUCCAUAUUCGCGACAAUGCGGAAUUGUCUGUGCGCAACCUGCUGCGCCGAGUUGCACGCGAACAAAGUUCCAAGGAGUUACACGCUAUUGACCAUAUGGACGAUGGCUCACCGAUCGAACUUCGUGUGACGAUUGAUCCGGAUGCUGGGUCGGCGCUCUUUGACUUCCAAGGGACAGGCCCUGAGGUGAAUGCCAAUUUCAACUGCCCUAAGUCUGUGGUUCACAGCGCGAUUAUCUACGCCCUGCGAUGCAUGGUCUCGGAUGACAUCCCUCUCAACCAGGGUUGCUUGGCCCCCAUUGAUGUACGUAUUCCAGAGGGAUCGCUUUUGAGCCCAUCUGAGACAGCGGCUGUCGUGGGUGGCAACGUCUUGACGAGCCAGCGUAUCACUGAUGUGGUAUUCAAAGCGUUCCAGGCUGUGGCAGCAAGUCAGGGUGAUUGCAACAACUUGACCUUUGGUACCGGCGGCAACGAUGAGCAGGGGCGCCUUAUCGAGGGAUUCGGCUACUAUGAAACCAUUGCAGGCGGUUCCGGCGCAGGCCCGUCGUGGCAUGGCACGAGCGGUGUCCAUACGCACAUGACGAACACUCGUAUCACCGACCCAGAAAUCUUUGAGCGGCGAUACCCCGUGUACCUGCGUCAAUUUGGCCUCCGUGAAGGUUCCGGCGGCAACGGUCUCUUCCGAGGUGGUGAUGGCGUCAUCCGUGAUAUUGAGUUCUUGGAGCCCGGAAUUCAAGUAAGUAUUCUGUCCGAGCGCCGAGUGUUUCAUCCGUACGGCCUUCAAGGUGGUGAAGAUGCUCAAUGUGGUCUGAACCUGUGGAUUAAGCAGCGCCGCGAAGAGGACGGUGAUAUGAAGGAGCCCGACGAGCAAGGUGCAAUCCUACCACGUGUGAUCAACAUGGGUGGCAAGGCGACUGCGAGAUUCGGUGUAGGAGAUCGGAUCGUCAUACACACGCCCGGUGGAGGUGGCUUUGGUGCACCCAGCGAUCCUGCCCCAGAGCCUGUGUCGCGACCAGCGCGGGGACCGCAUCGAGGAAGCUUGGCCGACUGGCAUUCGCUGCAGCUAGGUGCAUAG